AUGGCGCAUGCCGGAGUGAUGAUGACUCGAGCAGUCGUCCCUUCCAUGGUACCUCGUUUCGACACCACCAGCACCUCUUCCGUUUCCCGCCAAUGUGACCUUCCUAGAGCUUUCUUCGGUCAACAGCUCACCUUCGCCGCCUCUUCCUCCCCAUCUCACGCGCAACCGUCGAAGCUCCCGCGAACCUUCCCCUGCGUUCGAAGCAGCGUGAACGGAAACGAGCCCGCGGCGCAGCCGUCCCGUCCCGAGUACAUCCCUAACCGCAUCGACGACCCUAACUACGUGCGCAUCUUCGACACGACGCUGCGCGACGGCGAGCAGUCGCCCGGCGCGACGCUCACCAGCAAGGAGAAGCUCGACAUCGCGCGCCAGCUGGCGCGGCUCGGCGUCGACAUUAUCGAGGCGGGCUUUCCCAUCGCGUCGCCCGAUGAUCUCGAGGCGGUGCGGACGAUCGCCAAGGAGGUGGGAAAUAACAUCGACCCAAAGACGGGGUACGUGCCCGUGAUCUGCGGGCUGGCGCGCUGCAACAAGGCGGACAUCGACGCGUCGUGGGAGGCGGUGCGGCACGCGGCGCGGCCGCGCAUCCACACGUUCAUCGCGACGAGCGCGAUCCACAUGGAGUACAAGCUGCGCAAGACGCCCGACGAGGUGGUCGAGAUCGCGCGCAGCAUGGUGGCUUAUGCGAAGAGCCUCGGGUGUAACGACAUCGAGUUCAGCCCCGAGGAUGCCGGCAGGUCGGACCCCGAGUUCCUGUACCGCAUUCUGGGCGAAGUGAUUAAGGCGGGCGCGACGACGCUGAACAUCCCCGACACGGUGGGGUACACCAUGCCGUCGGAGUUCGGCGAGCUGAUCGCCAAGAUCCGCCAGAACACGGAGGGCGCUGAGAAUGUGAUCAUCUCCACUCACUGUCAGAACGACCUGGGGCUUGCAACGGCUAACACGCUCGCGGGAGCCAAGGCAGGAGCGCGGCAGCUGGAGGUAACGAUCAACGGGAUUGGCGAGCGGGCGGGCAAUGCGUCGCUGGAAGAGGUGGUGAUGGCGAUCCGGUGUCGCGGGCAGGAGCAGUUCGGAGGGCUGUACACGGGCAUCAACCCCAAGCACAUCGCGCUCUCCAGCCGCAUGGUGACGGAGUACACGGGCAUGCUGGUGCAGCCGCACAAGGCCAUUGUGGGCGCCAAUGCCUUCGCGCAUGAGAGCGGAAUCCACCAGGACGGCAUGCUCAAGUACAAGGGCACGUACGAGAUCAUGGCGCCAGAGGACGUGGGCAUCGUGCGCACUGACGCUGCAGGCAUUGUGCUCGGCAAGCACAGCGGCCGCCACGCCCUCAAGACGCGCCUGCAGCAGAUGGGGUACGACUUUGAGAACGCAGAGUUGGAUGAGGUAUUCAAGCGGUUCAAAGCGGUGGCGGACAGGAAGAAGAUUGUCACGGAUGGGGACCUGGAGGCUCUCGUCUCUGACUCGGUGUUCCAGCCCAAGACCAUCUGGCAGCUCGCUGACCUGCAGGUGGUGUGUGGAACCAUGGGGCUGCCCACAGCAACGGUGAAGCUGGUGGGACCUGACGGAGUGGAGCAGAUCCAAGCAGCCAUGGGCACGGGGCCUGUUGAUGCUGCGUACAAGGCCAUCAACAACAUCAUUGAUCUGAACGUGGAGCUGACGGAGUACUCGCUGUCUUCAGUGACUGAGGGCAUUGAUGCCCUCGCCUGCACGCGCGUUGCCAUUCGCUCUACCGGCGAUGCGCACACCGCCACACACUCGCAGCACGGCAGCAUUGAGAGGACCUUCAGUGGCAGCGGUGCUGACGAGGACAUUGUGGUGUCGUCUGCCCGCGCUUACAUAAGCGCUGUCAACAAGAUGCUGGGCUUUGGUGACUCUGCAGCUUCAAUUGCCAGCCGGCACCAUGUGAACGUAGCGUGA